AAAGCACGACUGUCGCCCUUCUUAACUCUGCCUUUAAAACUCUAUUUGCAAUUUCCACAUACUACAUACCCUCUUCACAGUCAGCCAACUUACCUACACUCCAUCCACCAUGCAACUCUCUUCGGUCUUCACGGUCGCCCUCUCUGCCCUCAACGUUGCCUCCGCUCUGCCUCUCCAUCGCCUUAAUACCAGUCCAGCUUUGACCUGGCAAGUCGCCAACUUCAACACUGGCUGUUCCCCAGGGGGCUGCGUGUAUAACUUCAAUAUUACCGGCGUCGCAAGCCAGAACACCCCCGGCUUCCAAACUCAUUGCUCGGGUACCAAUGUCCAAGAUGAUUUCGCCUUCUGUGAUGACAAGCACGUGAAGGCGAAGGUGGUGUCUCAACUAUACCCCGUGUGGACGGUCCAUGUACAACACGCUUGGUUCCGAGGCGAGGCCGAGUUCUAUGCUGUUGGCCAUGCCAACAUCACAUCCACACAGAAGAACUUUACUAUCCCUGUGACUGAGGUCUAUGGAGUCGCAUGAAUCCGGAAUUCAUGGGGAGAUCAACUCUGAUUGGGCC